AUGCUGGCCGUUUUCCUGUCGCUGUCACUUCCUGCAAUCUCUCUGGCGUCUCGAGACGAGGAGCCUGAGACAACGAUGCAGCAGAUGCAGCUGCUCCAGCACCAGUUGGCCCUCGAACGUGCGGAGGAACGACGCUUGAAAGAAGCGCAGCCACUCCAUUGGAUUCACUUCCCGAAGACCGGCAGCUCAUUCGUCAACACCAUCACCCACCUGCCCGGCACUUGCCCAUCAUUGGCCAACCACGCCCUCAACGAAGACACGGUCGGUGGCGGCGCCUGCUGGCUGUCCCGCUGGCUUGAACAAUGUCAGGGUGUGUGCAACGUGGACAAGUACUCUUGCCCUCAGCCGUGCCACGUUCACUACCCGGUAAGCAACUACUCUGCCCAGCGGGGACACUUGGUUGGAAUGUUCCGCGAUCCGGAUCAGCGUAUCCUGUCGGGCUACCAUGAUGAUGCAAACAACUUUGCGGCAUACACAGAAGAUAACUUUAACCAGGACUUUGGCGGAAAGUGCAAGGGGGAGGUCCUGGAAAAAGUUCCGAAGAAACCCCUUUUAGAGUUCGCCGAGACAUGGAAGGGCGGUAUGACGUACCAGCUCGUUAUGGAGCACCCGAUCACUCUAACAGUGAAUCCGAGCCGGCCCAAGGUGACGCUUCGGGACGCCUUGGAGGCAGCACGAAGGGUGCGCGAGGGCUUUGCCUUCGUGGGCUUGACAGAGCAGUGGGACCUGUCAAUCUGCCUUUUCCACAAGAUGUUCGGAGGACCAUGUCACGCCUUCGAGUUCGAAAACACAAGGCCCAGCUAUGCAGGGAAGAGCGCGGACCAAGACUAUGAUACCGCACAGCUUCAGGGGUGGCACGAUGACAUUGACGAAGUGGUGUAUGCCGCCGCUUCGGAGGUCUUUCGCCGAAACCUCAUUUUGUUCAACGUCUCGAAGGAGACCUGCGAAGAGUUCUGCAGCCACUGA